UGAGAGCUAUAUAAACCCAAUUUAUUCAUCACCCCCAGAUCUGUUACUUUCUCCUUCGCGUUCCUGCGUUGCCCUCAUCCUCAUUGACUUCCAAACUCUCUGGUGAAGCUUUCCUCACCUCCGUUACUCCAUCAUAACACCCCUUGGCUAAAGGACACCCCUUGCCACACACACUGGGCAGCCCAGACUUACCUUCAACUGCUGCCUGGUCCACCGGAGAACGGCUCAACAUGCCUGAGCCCACAAAGAAAGAUGAUGGCCAACCUGAAGAGAAUGUUGCCCCAGACUCUGGUGAUGCCCCAUCUGAGAAUUCAGUUGUGAUGACCCCGAAAGAGGCUAAAGUGGCAACCAAAGACACAGAGGCCAUAGUGACUGUCACAGAAGCAGAGGCAGCCGUGCCCAUGCCUGCUGCUGAGACCCCUCAGCCACAGCCUGUAGUAAUUGUGGUGACUGAACUAGAGCCAGUAGAGGGUGAGGUCACAGACCCACAGCCAUUAGUGACAGAGCCUGUAGAGAACGGCCACAAUGAACCUGCGCCAACACAGGCUAAGAAGCAUGUCGAGGUGACUGAGGUAAAAGAAGAGGAGCCCGGCACCCCAAAAGUUCCCGCACCUUCAAUGAAGAAGUCUGCUGAUACAAAAGCUACCCCUAUAAAAGAUAAAGAUGAUGAUGUCACCGCCAGCACUCCAUCACCUCCACCUCCAGCAGAGGAUGUCAGCAUUCCAAAGAAACUUUCUAUUGACCUUCCUAAUGAUAGCAACCCUGAGUCAACCAGGGGGAGAAAAGACUCAGUGUGGUCUCUGGGGGACGGCCAGCCUCCCGAGGAGAUCGACAAACAGAUUGAGACUCCGCCGCUCUCGACUCUAUUGAUUGAAAAGCCUCAGAGUGGUUCCAUCAAUGUAGGUGGAGACAUCAACUUCGUUGCUAAGGUGGAGGCCAAAGACUUGCUUCGUAAACCAACCAUUAAGUGGUUCAAGGGCAAGUGGAUGGAUCUGGCUAGCAAGACUGGGAAGCAUCUGCAGCUUAAAGAAUCUUUAUUACCACUGGGAGACAGUGAAGGCCAAGACGAUGCAGGCGAGCUUGACUUUAGUGGGCUUCUCAAACAUAGACAAGGCAGGGAGCACAAGCAAGAGGAAGUUUCUGAGGUGGAUGUGUGGGAUAUUUUGAAAAAUGCCCGACCUGAUGAAUAUGAGAAGAUUGCUUUUACGUAUGGCAUCACCGAUCUCAGAGGCCUGCUGAAAAGACUGAAGAAAACUAAAAAGGAAGAGAAAAAAAGUGAAGCAUUUGCCAAGAGACUGGAACCUGCAUAUCAGGUGGACAAAGGUGGAAAGAUCCGGUUAGUUGUGGACCUUGCUGACCCGACCGUGGAGUUAAAAUGGUACAAGAAUGGACAAGAGAUCCGUUCUACUCCAAAUAAUAGGAAGUUUAUCUUUGAGCACAAAGGCACUCAACGGAUAAUGGUUAUUAACAACUGUCAGAUAAACGAUGAUGCUGCCUACUCAGUCACUGCAGGAGAAGAGAAGUGCACCACUGAACUGUUUGUGAAAGAACUGCCUGUGAACAUAGUGAAAAAGCUGGAGCCUGUAAAAACCACAGUGAACGAGAGAAUUGAACUGGAGUGUGAAGUGUCUGAGGAAGGAGCCAAAGUUAAAUGGAUGAAGAAUGGGGUUGAGGUCCCCACAGGGGUGCGCUCACGGUACCGUGUGAAAAGCGAGGGGACCAAACACUGGCUGAUCAUUGACGAUGCCACAAAGGACGACACUGGCACCUACUCCCUGAUGGCCACCGGGGGCACCACUGAAGCUCACGUUCAAGUUGAUCUGAAGCCUCUGAAGAUUUUAAUGGAUCUACAGAGUGUGACAGUGUUGUUGGGUCAACCUCUUAAAUUGAACUGUGAGAUUUACCCUGGAAACGUCCCGGGCCGCUGGUACAAGAACGGCCAGCUGAUCCAGCCUAGCGAACGACUCAGCAUUAUACACAGAACCAAGAAUCACAGCCUUGACAUUGAGAGCUCCACUAUUCAUGAUGCCGGCGACUAUACCUUUGUUCCUGAGGGAUACACACAGAUGCUGUCUGCCAAAGUGCACAUUAUAGAUCCUCCCAGGGUGCAUUUAGAGGCACUGAAUGUCCCGGACGACACGGUGACCAUUGUGGCUGGAAACAAACUCCGGCUGGAGAUCCCUAUCAGUGGAGAACCAGCACCCAGAGUCGUGUGGAUGAAGGGAGAACGGGUCAUUCUUGACUCAGGAAAUCGGGUUCGUGCAGAGACAUUUGCAGAUCACACUUGCCUCACUAUUGAUAUCGCAGAAAGAGAAGAUACCGGAAACUACAAGAUCGUCCUUCAGAACGAAGCUGGAGAAGACACAGCUAGUGUUAAAAUCAAAGUUGUAGAUAUCCCAGAUCCCCCUGAGGCUCCUAUGGUUACUGAUGUGGGUGGAGAUUGGUGCACUAUGACAUGGGAGCUGCCACGCUAUGAUGGUGGUUCCCCCAUCCUUGGAUAUUUUAUUGAGCGAAAGAAGAAACAGAGCUCUCGAUGGAUGAGGCUGAACUUCGACCUUUGCAAAGAGACCACCUUCGAGCCAAAAAAGAUGAUUGAAGGUGUGCCAUACGAGGUGCGAAUCUUUGCGGUUAACGCUAUCGGCGUCUCCAAACCCAGUGAACCCUCCAAACCUUUCAUUCCCCUGGCUGUGACCAGUGAACCGACAAUGCUGGUGGUGGAUGAUGUCACAGAUACCACAGUGACCAUGAAGUGGAGACCCCCAGACGCCAUCGGUGCCGCUGGACUUGAUGGCUACCAAGUUGAAUACUGCAUUGAAGGAACUGAUGAAUGGAUACUUGCUAAUAAAGAGCUGAUUGAAAAAACGAGGUACACUAUAACCGGUCUGCCAGUAGAGGCCAAGAUCUUGGUGCGUAUCAAGGCCAUAAAUGCUGCUGGGGCCAGUCCACCACGCACAACCCAACACUCCAUACUGGUCAAAGAGGUUAUCGAGCCUCCUAAGAUUCGCAUACCGCGACACUUGAAGCAGACGUACAUUCGAAAGGUUGGCGAAGUCGUCAACCUCGUCGUGCCAUUUGUGGGUAAACCAAGGCCAAAAGUCAAUUGGUUGAAGGAGGGUCAGCCGAUUGACCAAACCAUCAGCAUUCGCAACUCAGAUUGUGACAGCAUCAUGUUCAUCCGCAAAGCUGAGCGCAAGCAUUCUGGAAAAUACGAACUGAGCGUACAAGUGGAGAAUCAUAUCGACACGGCCAUGCUGGACAUACAGAUAGUCGAUCUUCCAGGCCCACCACAGGCUGUAAAGAUCGAAGAGGUCUGGGGGAAUAAUGUAGCACUGGACUGGAACCCACCCAAGGACAACGGCAAUGCACCCAUAAUAGGCUACACCAUUCAGAAAGCUGAUAAAAAGACAAUGGAGGGGUACACAUGUAUAGAGCACUACCAUCGUACCUGCAUCACAAUCUCAAAUCUGGUGGUGGGUAACGAGUAUUUCUUCAGGAUCUACUCAGAGAACAUGGUGGGCUUAAGUGAAAGUGCCACUGCCACUAAAGACAGUGCUCUGAUCGUGAAAGAAGGGUUGCAACUGAAAAUCCCAGAGUAUAAUGACCGCGACUUCACCGAGCCGCCUAAAAAAAAAAAACUUUAUUCAAUGCAAAUGAAUUGCUCACAGCCUAAGGUAAUCUGGAUGAAAAACAAGAUUACCAUCAUAGACGACCCACGUUACCGCAUGUUCAGCAACCAGGGUGUGUGUACACUUGAGAUCCGCAAGCCCAGCCCGUUUGACGGAGGUGUUUACACCUGCAAGGCUGUCAAUGACCUCGGAGAGGCUCAGGUGGACUGCAAACUAGAGGUCAAAGGAGGUUUUACGUUCUUUGAACUGAUGAAGCGAGGCGUUCCCUUACACCUCAUUGAUAAGUACAUGAACGAGUCUAAGACCUCUGAGAAGUCAGAGUCAGAGAAGAAGGGAUCCAUCUGAGGGCUGACUCCCCCCAAUGAUUACCCAGAAAUCCCUGUCACUACUACAAAUAAUGACACAUGUGUCUAAACUUUGGCAUGGUAUGCUGUGUUCAGACAUGGAUCUAUAGUUCUAGAAAACCCUGCGUCUGACACUGCGAUCAUGUAAAGCUGUGUUUUAAGAAAUGCCACUGGAACUCAAAUGCAUGACUUCAGUCAACUGGAUGGUUGCUUCAAAAUAUAUCACAAAUAGACAUUUUAUUGUGGAAAAUCUAGAGCAGACGGUUACAGAUAAGGUAAUGUGGUUAAUUUACAAGAGUGGUCCGAAAUGAGCACAAGUCUGGGUUUUGCUGUUUCUGUCUUUAUUUUCUUUUCUUGUUUGAUUUCCCCCUGAGUUUUCCCAGCCCCUUUCCUUCAUUCUUUACUGAAUGUACUGAAAUCCACUUAGAUAUGCAAUAUCAAUACUGUGCAACUACCAGAUCAGACAUGAGACGACAUCUGAACGUUACAGAAAAUGCUGCAUUUGUCUAAGGAUACUUGAUGGUACAUGACAAUGUUCAUUUUAGCAUGACAGUUGAAUAAAUGUCUCUGUAUGAAAAACAAUAGUUUCUUUUUUGUUUUAAAGGCCUAUAUUAUUUUGAUGCAGACGGCAAGAUUGGGCAACACUGUUCUUUGGGCACAAAAGACGUUUGCAUACUGCAUCUCCAUCUAUAUUUGUGUUGAAAUCAUUUCUAAAUAUAUUUAAAUAAAUACUAAAACAUUUUUUUUUGCGGCCUUGCACUGGAAUUUGAGUUAUCUAUAAACAUUUGUGCACAAAUUGUACAGCAUUUUAAAUUUCACAUUAUACAUUAAAUGGUUAUUUUGUCAUUAUGUCUGAUGACAUUUUUGUUUUAUUUUUAGGUUAAUUAUUUGCAUCCUCUGGAUAUUUGCACUUUUUUGUUGGGAAUUUUCAGUGUGAACACACUAUUUAUACUACAAAAGGGCAUGGAAUUGAGAC